AUAUGAAAUCACUAAAAGUACAUAUUUUCAAUAAAACCUUUUGCAAGGGUCAAGGUAAUAAAGUAUCAGUUUCAAUCUAUAGAGUCUACUUGUCACCUUGAUAACCAUAUGACAGGUAGCCUUAGGUGGUUAUAUAAUGCACUGCCGUUUUUUGAGAUACUGGGUUUGGUUUGGCUUAAAUCGGACACUUGCCUAGAUAUGUUUUCUGGUUGGUCAUUCCAGUUGCUUGCCUUGCAAUUGGCAAAACAGUCUCUUCAGAAUGGGUUGGCAAUGAUGUGACUGUAAAAAGGAAGACAUUCUAAUAUUUUAUCCUUUUGAGGGGAAUAUAUUUCACAAGUAAAAACCCCAGGAUAUUUUGUGAUAUUUUAUGUCAUGUGAGGUGGCAUGCUCAAGAUUAUUAAAGGUCAGAUAGUACUUUAUACAAUGGAAUACAGUCGUACAUGUUAGUCUUUAAAGUUCUAAGAUAAGCUAUAUGAAUUGCAUAUGCCUCAUCAACUUGAAUCCAGCCUUUAAUUAAUGAAACCACAGACAACAACACUGGAAAAUGAGUAGGCUGCAUGAGUCACGCAAAUGGGAUAUAAAUUGUGGAUAGCUUUUGUUUAUUAAUUUGUGACUUCACACAUUGAAGAUGGGUAUGCUUCGCCUGUUUGCGUGUUGCUUAAUAUUUGUGAUUCUCAAUGGUAAAGAUGUUCAGUGUAAAGAAAAUCCUGUAACAGGCAUCAUCAAGGGUGUAUACCUGACUGAAGACAAGCUCACUGAAAGGUUUCUUAAGAUUGAUGCUAAAGUUGUACAUCACCUUCUUGAAGUUACAACCAAGGAAGCCAAAGAAUACAUCAAAACUUUGCCAGAAAAAGAUAAAGAUAAGCGCAUAGUUGAAAGGUCAAUAAAAAUGAUGAGUAAAAUUGACACACGUCUGAAGAAGUUCUGGAAUCAAUUAAACAAAUGGAAUGAAAUCAGGGUUGAAGUAUUGAACAUCAUGAGGUAUGAUUCAAAGGCUAUGCUAGAGAUGACAGAUUUCAUAUUUAAAGACACCCUUCAUAUUUCCAAUGAUAUUGAAACCUAUGAAUCAGAUAUAAAUUAUUCCUUUGAGUAUGUGAUAAGGGCCACAGGGCUUAAAAACAUGGACAGCAACUUACUGAAUGGAACGAAAUUUACAAAAGACUAUCGCAAGAGCAUUGACAGGUGGUUAGAUAAAGAUUCAAAUUUGAAAGGAAUGAUGAUGAGGUUGAAAGAGAAAUUGAAACAAUUCUACAUGGUGCUUAAAAGACUUAAGAAAUUGACAGGAUGGAUGGUUAAGUCAGUCCUCCGGUUAAAAAUUCCUGAAAUUGAUGGAUCUAACAAUUGCAACAAACAGUCUGAAGGGGUCAACUUUAUAAAGACAGAUAAUGGUGCAAAUUUCCUAGCAGUUUGUGACUCAGAAUGGCUUGUUGUUGCUCAAAGGUUUGAUGGU